AUGGCUAUGUCGGAGAAGUUGGCGGACCUUAAUCCUCGCCGGACGUUGGAUUUCAAACAUCGCAGCACCAAGACAAGUCACCAAGACAAGUACCAGGUUGUGUAUCGAUUUUGCAAGAAGAAAAGGAAACAACUUAAGAUCUUCAUGGUCGACCAGUUGUGGCUGAUCAUAUUCGGCAAUCUACUUAUUUCCUGGCUCCUAGAGCGAUGGCGGCAACCGCACAUGGAUCCUCUCAAUCUCUUUGAGGGUGUUAUUGAGGACGUCAACUCCACCACGCGGCCUCUCGUCAGAAUGUCUUUGAGCUGGUGA